CCUUCGCGGGAGACUCCGAGAUAUCCGACGUGGCACGGUCAUGAAUCGCAGCCGCAGUUCAAGCUGGUGUUCCCGCCGCUGUCGGGAAGUUCUCGGGGCACUCCGUCGUCGGGGAUGCGAACGCCGCCCUACGGCAUCGGGCGCACCAAGGAGCCGCCCCCGUUGGCCACCAGCACGCCCCGACAUGACCGAACACCUCGCCCGUCCCCUUCGCCUUCCCUGCAGGAGAGAGGCACGCGCACUCUACAGUCCCCCGCCCGCGUGCGGACUUCCCCACCGAAAGGAUACAUUUCUUCCUCACGAGGUAGCAAGGCCGCCAGUCCCCUGCGUGGGCGUGUCCCCAUGGCGGUGACGGAUCGCGGGGCCCCUCGCCGGCGUCCGCGCCGCUCUCAGGGACGGAGGGCGCCCCGCUCCAGGAACUCCCAUGACGCUAACACCUCAAGCCAAAGUGUUUGCCAUAGUACAAAGCCCCCUGUGACCUUCCCCCCGCCCAUCCCCCUACCUCGGGACGAUACAGUCUCGGACAUCUCUAUAGUGUCUCCUAUGCCCGCCCUCGACGUCUCCUACACUGCCUACCUCACGCCAGACGUCCUUACGCCCACUGCCAUACCGCCUUCACCACCUACGUCGCGAGCCCCUUCGGCGAGGGAAAUCUGGGACUUCGACGACGAGGAAGCCUACGUUCAACACAACCCCUUGUAUUGGCUGGUUCCGGAGGCCCAUGAACAGCCUGAACCGCGAGAGCGCCCUGUGGCCCCUGCCCCCCAUUACUACCAACCCCACACCCACGCUCCCUUGCCAGACACAUACAUCGGCCACAGACCCGCCUACAAGCCCGCGCCCAGGUGGUCGUCUCCGUAUGGAAGAGGGCGCGCAUCCCCUGUUUCAUACCUGCACCGCCAGGAAGAGCGUGGGCGGGGCAGGGGUGUAUCUCCAGGUACGCACGCACAUUUGCGUCUCUCGCCCAUCAGCGAGAACUCACAGCCGACCAAUAUCGUCACCUACGCCGAUGUACACACGCAGGAACGCCCCCACCGCCAGCCACGCGGUCGGAGUUUCAAACCGUCCCCGCCACGGAGGCAUCGACUGGCCGCGCAAAGGAAACGUUCCAACAUCCGUAUAUUCGACCUGAAGGACGAUGCCCGCUUUGUUUACAUCGUGCACGCCCUUAUACAGGCCUUCAUUUACAUCGAACAGGAUCUGCAGAGUGAGAUCGAGUCGCACAAAGAUGUGCUGGCAAGCCUCAACGCGACGGGCCAGAAGCUCCUGGGGACGCUGGAGAACCAGGAUGAGGCGGUGAUGCUCCAGCGCCGCCUGGAGGAGAUGAACCAGCGAUGGAACACUCUCAAGCACAAGAGCAUCGCCAUCAGAAAUCGCCUCGAGGGCAAUGCUGAGAACUGGAACUCACUCCUGCUGUCCCUCCGCGAACUGAUCGAAUGGGUGAUCAGGAAGGACACGGAGCUGACCGCCCUGGGCCCGUUGGUGGGCGACCUAAACGCCCUUGCUAAAUUCUCCGAUGACCUCGCAGCCUUUAGGAGAGUUAUCGACGAAAAGCAGCCUGUUAUUGAGUCGAACUUGAAGAGCGGGCGGCAGCUCAUCGCCUCGGAGCCUCCAUUGAGUGAUACCAGUGAUAGCGAAGCUGGACGCGAGCUGGACGGCGACGCCCGCUACCGGGGCGACGAUAACGCUCGAGACCUGACCCGGGCCGUCCGCCGGGAGGUCGCCAAGCUCUCGGAGAAGUGGGCCGCACUCAGGGAGAGGGCCGCCGCCGCCAACGCCCAGGCCGACCUCGCAUGCAAGGUAGGUGAUGAAGCCGUACGCCUUUACUGGGGGAGGGGCGCCCGCACCCUAUGCUAUGGCAGGGAGCAAUCAGAAGGCCCUGUCAUCAGAUAUGGCAGGGGGUAAUCGGAGGGGCUUCUA